AAAAACUACAUUAUCUCUGUUCGUGGUGACAAUACAUUGGGGACUUUAGUCACUAAGGCUUUACAUAAUGUAAUUCAAUGGCUAUCUUUUGACAGGAUAGCCGAAGCUAAACUUGCUAACACAAUGCGGACGUGUAUGUGUCUGACUAGAUGUUUAGAGCUGAUCCAGAGGGCGUUUAAACCAGAUGCGCCGUUCGUUCACUGCCUUGAUAGUUAUUAUCGCUUCGAAGUGAUAGUAACUAUUAACUUCAAUAUACUAAUAUACGCUGUUUACCAUGGUUGCUAACGGUAAGACUGAACGUUAGUGGUUGUGUGAGAGGUGUUUCUACAAUGUCAUCUCAUUAUGGUCAUUCACCUCCUGGUUGAUCCCAGAGCUCCUGGUUCGUUAUUUCCCCCGGUGCUUGAAGGAGCAGGAAGCUGCCAGUCACCGGCAGAAGAACACAACAUGGACUCCAACGGGAAGCCCUCCACAGUCCAGGUUGUGCUGCUAGCUGGCAGCUCGGCCCUGACCGCCUUCUUCUACUCUGUUUAUAGGAAGCGGGCUACGACAGUGGCCAGAUUAAAGGAAGCCAAAAAGGUCCCCAUUGACCAAGAUUUGAAAAAGUACCUGUCUGACAUUCCUGGAAGAUGUGUCCCAUAUGCUGUUGUAGAAGGUGUUGUGAAAUCCGUAAAGGAAUCGCUAAGCAGCCAGUUUGUUGACAACUGCAAGGGAGUCAUUGAGAGGCUGACCCUGAAGGAGAAGAAGAUGGUAUGGAAUCGCACCACGCACAUCUGGAAUGACACAGAGAAGCUGAUCCACCAGCGCACCAACACGGUCCCCUUCGACCUGGUGAGUCACGACCAGGCGGUCGACGCCGCCGUGCGCGUGGUGCGCCCCCUGGACUCGGCCGAGCUGGACCUGGAGACGGUCUACGAGAACUUCCACCCCACGGUGCAGUCGCUCUCCAACGUCAUCGGCCACUUCAUCAGCGGCGAGCGGCCCAAGGGCGUCCGCGAGACGGAGGAGAUGCUGCGGCUGGGCGAGAGCGUCACCGGGGUGGGGGAGUUGGUGCUGGACCACAACCUGGUGAAGCUGCAGCCCCCCAAGGAGGGCCUGCCCUACUUCCUCAGCCGGCUGGACCACCAGUCCCUGCUGAGCAAGCAGGAGAGCGGUGUGCGCGUGUGGCGGCUUCUGGCGCUGGCGUCGGGCGCGGCGGCCUGCUCCCUGCUCCUCCUGCUGCUGUGGCGGCGCUACGAGCGUCACCGCCGCGCCCGCGAGGAGAAGAGCGUCCUGCGGGAGUUCAAGGAGCAGCAGAGGAGGCGCCUGCGGGAGCUGGACGUGGACGAGGGGGCGGUGUCGCCGGCCGCCUGCACCGUGUGCCUGAGCCGGGAGCGCUCCUGCGCGUUCCUGGACUGCGGCCACGUGUGCGCCUGCGGGCCCUGCUACCUGGCCCUGCCCCAGCCCAAGAGGUGCCCCAUCUGCAGGGCGGCCAUAGACAGGGUGGUGCCGCUUUACAACAGCUAAUGACACGCGAACCGAAAUGCAUUGUUCAUCAACGAAUAAACACGCACCCAAGCAGGGAACCAUUAUAUCUAUUGCCGAGUUGUCAUGACUAGGAUUUCAGUCGGCGGCUGAGAAAGAUAAGAUGCGGUCAAGUCUAAAAUAAGACUGGUUAUUUGAUCGUUAGACGUGUGUAGAUGUCGCCUCUGGAGACCGUGUUGACGUUCAAGUUUGCGAUUCGGAGAAGAACAGAACGUGAACCUGCGAGACCAGGAUGGUCUCACGAGGCUAGGUUUCAUCGGGACAAACAGUGGUCUCGCUCUUAGUACGAAUAUUGGGUCUGCUCAUUUUAUUUAUUAUUAAGACAAAUACACUACAUGUGCCCUGGUACAAAGAGCUUGUCUUAAAAUGACACCUCUGGGAAAAGGGUUUAUUGAAUGAGACAAUUCUUGGUGUGUGAGCGUCAUUUACAAUAGCAACAGACUGUGUAUGAGUCAUAUUGUUCAUCUUCUGUCUGUCAUUCAAGAAAGGAUAGGUGGGCUUGAACACCUUCUUCAGGACAUGUUUUUGUGUGUUUUUAAUUGUCACAACUGAAACCUCAUUAAAGACAAGGUCAUUGUAUUGAAGUAUAUUUACUUCAUACCAACUGCAACAGGAAA